AUGAUGAACUUGAGCACAUCACAGGCCAAUCACCAUAGUUUCCUUCUGACAGGUAUCCCAGGGAUGCCAGACAAGAACCCAUGGAUGGCCUUUCCACUGGGGUUUCUCUACACACUAACCGUCUUGGGGAAUGGUACCAUUCUGGCAGUCAUCAAGGUGGACCAGAGUCUCCAUGAGCCCAUGUACUACUUUCUCUCUCUCUUGGCUCUGACUGAUGUUAGUCUCUCCAUGUCCACCUUGCCAACUAUGCUCAGCAUCUUCUGGUUCAAUGCCCCUGAGAUUUCCUUUGAUGCAUGCAUCACACAGAUGUUCUUUAUCCAUGGUUUUGGAGUAGUAGAAUCCGGAGUUCUAGUGUCCAUGGCCUUUGACAGAUUUGUGGCUAUCCGAGACCCACUACGCUACGCCUCCAUCCUCACCCAUGAUGUUAUUGGAAAGAUUGGAAUAGCUGUCCUCACCCGGGCAUUCUGUGUGGUCUUCCCUGUGCCAUUCCUUAUAAAGCGACUGCCCUUCUGCCAUUCCAAUGUCUUAUCUCAUUCAUAUUGUCUUCACCAAGAUGCCAUGCGGCUAGCCUGUGCCAGCACCCGCGUCAACAGCCUCUAUGGCCUCAUCAUCGUCAUUCUCACGCUGGGGCUCGAUGCCCUUAUCAUCCUCUUUUCUUAUGUACUCAUCCUGAAGAUGGUGCUGAGCAUUGCCUCCAGACUAUCAUCUUCACCUCCAAAGCAGAACGUGAAGGAGGCUGAAAGUGGGUAG